AAGGCAUAUCUGUACGUACACGUCUGCUACAGCUGGGCUGCCAGCCACCAGUGCAUAUUUACUGUUACUCUGUGAGCAGGAAUUUGUAAGAGUUUCAGUUAUCACAUGGAAACACAUUUCCAGGAACUGAGGUUUUGCCAACGUCCCUGUUUCCUAAGACUAAAAGACAGGUACAGCACAGGUGUUUAAUACAGCAUGGGGGAGAUUGAUCAAGUCUUGGAGAGAGAUAAAGUGGAGACGUUACUCUUACGACCAAUCGGAUUAUCAUCGUCUGACAUUACUAGGAAUUCGACGGUCGAAUUGUGUCGAAUUAAAAUACGGGCGAAAAAUUGCCGCAAUUCGCCGGCAAUUGCAUAUACCCCAUAGAACCAACUCUCAGUUAUGUUCCACUUUUUGGGGUUGAUUCAAUAAUUAUAUGCGUGUGGCGGACAUCGGACUCGCAGAGUUUGGUUCGGAACCUCAUAGAGCUGCGUACAAAAAUCCUCAAAAAGUUCUGCGUCAAGAUCGGGCUGCGAGGAGGGAGAGCUAAGAUGAUUUGCCGCUGUUUCGUUGGAAAGUCACCUUGCGUCUAAUUAAAUUGGCCCGCCCUGAAGAAGUCUCCUGUCAGCCGGCGGGUGAGGUAUAAAGAUUCGCAGAACAUGGGGAGUUACAGCAGUGUCCAUUUCUGUGGGAUACCCCAGGGGAAAGGACCCCAUACUGUGGGCUGCUGCGACUUGAUGAGCGGUCACACCAUUCAGGGAAGUUUCUUGCGGCUGUUUUACCCGUGCGUAGACAGCGUGGAGUACGAGGAAGCGGUGUGGAUCCCCAGGAGGGAGUAUUAUCUGGGUCUCGCAGACACACUUAAGCUCAACCGAUCUGUAAUUGAUUUCAUCUUUAGGACUUAUUUCGGCUCUGUAAAAUGUCCUGCGAAGCUGAACGCACCUUUCAAGCCUGGAGAGAAAUACCCCCUGGUUAUAUUCUCCCAUGGCCUUGGAGCUUUCAGGACCCUGUACUCGGCUAUCUGCAUUGGGCUGGCGUCUCAGGGAUUUGUAGUCGCUGCAGUGGAACACAGAGAUGAAUCUGCAUCUGCAACAUUUUAUUACCGGGAGAGGUCCUCCGCUGACCCCUGUACCCAGGAGGAGUGUGACCUUCUGGAGGAAGUGUGGAUGUACAAUAAGACUCCUAAGCCAGGGGUGGAUGAAUUCCCUCUGCGAUUUGAGCAGGUCCAGAAGAGAGCGGACGAAUGUUUGCGAGUCCUAGACCUCAUGCUGGACAUCAAUGCUGGGAAACCAGUCACCAAUGUCUUACCAUCCAACUUUGAUUGGCAGCUAUUGAAGGACUCCAUUGACAUCCAAAGAGUGGCGGCAGUUGGACAUUCGUUCGGCGCUGCGACAGUAAUCAAAGCUCUUGGCAGAGAUAUGCGGUUUCGGUGUGCUGUGGCUCUAGAUGCCUGGAUGUACUCUUUGAGAGACGAGAUAUUCUCCGCCAUCCACCAGCCAGUAUUGUUUGUCAACUCGGAAAAGUUCCAGUGGGUGGAGAACAUACUGAUUAUGAAGAGAAUGGAGUCCACCAGCGUGGAGAGAAAGAUGAUAACGAUCAAGGGCAGCGUACACCAGAGCUUCCCAGACUUCACCUUCCUCACUGGCUACUUGAUAGGGAAGAUAUUUAAGUUAAAAGGAGAAAUCGACCCUAAUGUCGGGAUGGAUGUAAUUAUUAAUGUGACCUUAGCCUUCAUACAACGCCAUCUAGGUCUGCAGAAGGAUUUCCAAAAGUGGGAUUCUCUCAUAGACGGUGAGGGAGAAUUUAUCAUUCCUGGAACUAACCUCGAUCUACCUCCAACACAAACUGAAACUUCCAAAUUGUAACUCUUCCGUCGUGAGCACCUACAGACACAGCCCCGACUGGCAGGGGAACCUUUACCUCGCACACGGGACAUAUUAAUGGCCACGUUAUUAGUGACAAACCAGUGGAAUUUAGUUUUGGGACUGCUGUUUUUACAAAGUUUUAACUUUUGUCCAUCACGGAUUGCCAUUGGCUGUGGUGUCAGGUUAUUUUACAGCUGGGUGUUUGCAGAAGGACAUAUGGUCUCUCCGCAGUGGCUAUAAUUUGCACCGUCAGUGGUGACGGAAACCCAGUGCUGCCUUAAGGACACCCAUUGGUGAGGAAACAGAACGCAGUCGGUGUUGUGGAAUAAUGACUUCUAUUGUUGUUGUGAACCCCAAGAUGUUUGUAAUUCUUCAAUAUGGUGCUUUACUUGGAGGGACACACGUGUUCCAGAUACUACAGAUGCCAACUUUACCUACUGUAUGAUAGAUUGCUAAUGUACACACUACAGUACUUAUGCUGGAAACCAAUGGCUGCCUGUUUCUUCAGGGUCUGUGCACAUUCUUAUAAGUGGAUUUGUAGUGGGAACAUUUACAGUAGGAACAGGAUCAUAAUGCAAUACAAACUCCGACGACACCGCCGAACUAGGCAGAGGUAUCAAGGACUAAGUCAUAGCCCACCUCCAAUCACUCAUAUAACAGUGGAACUGCCUUUAGAAGAAGCUGUUGGCAACCUUUGGGUUUCCAGAGGCUAGCAAGGCAUGCUUGAUCUUGUAGUACUACAGCAACUAAGCACAGAUCUGCUGUAGAGAUGAUAGAAACAGUCCAGUAAGGACGGCCAUGAAGCCGCCAUAUAUUAAUUAUAAGGACAAGCAUAGGGUUUUAAAUGGACUUUUAAACUUUGCUUGUCCACCAAAUGGGAAUACAUAAAUACUCCAUAUGUACUAAAUACCAGCAUUGCUGUUCUGGGGGUAACCACACAAUAUUUUUUUAUUUUUAGAAUUAUACAUUUUUAUAUCUAGUUCCAGAAACAGAUCAGUGAAAUACUUUCAGAAAUUAAUUAAAUAGGCGCCUGAAGACUUAUCCAGAGUGUGGAAGCUAAUAUAAGCCUAUAAGCUAGUAUUGCCUAUUUUCUUAGACAAACCGCACUGCAAAAUACAUUCCAUGAGUACUCCAUAACAAUCUAGUCAAUAGAAGGGUGUUUCUUCAGAUUUUAGGCAGUAAUUCUGAUCUAGAAGGGAUGCUGGGCAUCUGUAAGCCCCCCUACACUUACCAGGCCUGCUGACAGUAUUUUCAUUGGUUAUAACAUUUGAAACAAAAAAAUAAGCACACUGUGUAAAUGCCAAUCUUCACAGAUUAAAGGCGGUAUGUAAUAGCGUCUGAGUUUGCCGGAGGUGCGGGGUGGCGGUCGAAUUCAGAUUUUUUUUUUUUUUAAAGCAACAGCCAAAUCAUGCCUGCUUAAAUGACUGCUACUUAAAAACCUCCGAGUUCGCAGGCAUCCCGCACCUCCAGUAAACUCGGACGCCAUUACAUCCCACCUUUAGCAUUUUCAUUUGUAAAAUAAAGAGCAAUUGAGUGUUUGGAACAUGGCAUGUCAAUUGUGCUGUGCAACGAUACUUGCGUCGCACACGUUAUAGCAUUUCUAUUGAGUGGAUGGGAGUUAGUGAGGCACAAGUGAGUUCAGGGCGUCCUACACACCUUAUCGCUCUCCCGUUAAGUUUCAGCUUCAGGCCAACUACUUGCUAAAGUGGGCUGGAAGGAAAUACUAAAGGUUUAGAGCCAAUCUAAAUAUCUAGAAUAUUUUACAGUGGGUCAUGUGAAUACUAUGGCAGCCAGUGAUGUAGCGCGCAGAGAAACUUUGGAACCUUCAUUGCAUAAAAAUCUGGCCCCACCUACUUCCUCUCAUCAUGUGACCACCAAGGGGCUUAAUGACAUACUGGCUCAGACUAAAUAGAUCGGAUUAUGCUCCUGGGAACAACAAACACCAGAUGUUUCCAGAAUAGAGCCACAUACGCGGCAGCCUUAAAACGUUCCCCAAAGAUCAAUUUUGCAAAGUGAUCACUGAGUAGUAGAACAAGCUGAAAAAAUGAAUUAGUAUAAGUGGGAUUGCUCAUUUCAAUUAAGAUUUGUAUCAUGCAUGACUAGUGUAAUGGUCUGUAGUAAAAUAACUGUCAGUAUUUCAAUCACCUUCUCCACCUCAGGACUUUUCUACAAUCAAUCAGUCAAUAAAACU